AUGUCAGACUCACACUCACACUCUGACAUACUGUUGUGUCAAAGAUGUAACAAAAAUCACGCCAGCGUCAUUUCAAGAAAGGAAAAGUUUUGUACAGACUGUUUUCGUAACUUCGUCUCACUAAAACAACGUAAACAAAUGAUGUCAGACCAAUAUUACCAAGACAUCUUUAAAGUUAUGUACAAGGAUAAACUUAGAUCAGAACAAGAUGCCCAUCUACAGAAUUUAAACUCAAAAAUUUUGGUCCCUUUAUCCUUCGGUUCUUCUUCUUUAGUAAUGCUAGAUAUCUUAAAUGAUACUCUAUUAGAACAAUCAAUAACUCAUAGAGGGAAAACUGGUUUCACAGUAGACGUAAUUAUCUGUUUCCAUGAUGAACAAAUUCAAAACCAAAUUAAAGAAAACGUUUCAAAAUUGAUCAAUGCAAAAUAUAAAGAAAAUAAUCAGAAAAUUAAAUUCCAUUUAGUUGACAUAAACCAAUUUUUUGAUAAUUCACCACAUUUACAAUCAUUGGUCUUACAAGAAACUGAUUUCCUAAUAAAAUCACUAAACUUGAAAGAUCAAUCGAUAAUAGAAAAAAAACUUACACUAUCUGAAAUACUAGAUCAAUGUUCCGACAGAUCAACUUAUCAAGAUUUAUUGGCAUUUGUUACAAAACAUGCUAUUAAAAAAUAUGCAUUCCAACAUGAUUUCAAAGCAAUUUUAUGGGGACAUUCAAUGACCAGACUAGCUGACGAAGUCAUUUCGUUGAUUGUCAAAGGAAGAGGUUCAGCCAUUUCUAGCAGUCUCAAUACAGAUGAUUUCGAUGAAAACUAUGGGAACAAGUUUAAAAAUUUAUACCCUUUGAAAGAUAUUUUAUUGACAGAAAUCGACGCAUACUGUUACAACUCUGGUUUACACAACUAUUUAAUAAACUAUAACAUCCAGGAUGCACUACUUGUUAAUAAAAUAAAUCAAAAUACGGAUAAAAUACAGACAAAUUCAUUAAAGAAUAAAACUAUAAACGAACUCGCAAGAAAUUAUUUCGAAGUGAUAGAAGGUGAUUACUCAAAUGUCAUCUCAACUGUCGUUAGAACCGGUGAUAAAUUGGCAGAACCUAAAUCUCAAGAAAACUUUAAAAUUAGCAAAUGUAACCUCUGCAUGCAGAAAAUAUAUUCAGAUCCAUCACAGUGGAUAACAUCAAUUACAGAAAAUAAAGGUCAUCCACUGGAAACAGAUGAAGAGAAAGAAAACUAUCAAAGAUGGAAAAAUUAUAACAAUGACAAAUUGAAAAACUCAGAAAUGGACUUCUUUAGAUUGAAUGAAUUCGUAAAAGAAAAUGGAUCUAAGGCAUGCCUAUGUUACGGAUGUACCAUAACAUUGAAUACAUUCAAAGAUAAAUCUGUGGUUUGGCCUGUGCAUGAUGAUAAAGAAUUGAAUUCAGUUUUAGAAGAUUAUGUCUUGACUGAUCACGAAGAGUAA